AUGGCUCCGAAAGGUAAAUCCGUCCCCGUCGCGGAGAAGAAGGUUGCGAAGAAAGGCAUGUCCGGCUCUGGCGUCGAGAAAACAACUAAGAGGAAGAAGAGGAACGAGUCGUACUCCAUCUACAUCUACAAAGUGUUGAAGCAGGUGCAUCCGGAUACCGGUAUCUCAUCGAAGGCUAUGAGCAUCAUGAACUCGUUUGUCGCCGAUCUCUUUGAGAGGAUCGCGUCGGAAGCCGCCAAGCUCGCCUCGUACAAUAACACCAAAACUUUGACGUCUCGCGAAAUCCAGACCGCUGUCCGCCUUCUUUUGCCAGGUGAGCUCGCCAAGCAUGCCGUCUCGGAAGGCACCAAGGCUGUCACUAAGUACAGCUCGUCGUAAACUUGGACUCGCUUGGAUUACUUGCCAUUUGAGAUGGUUCUUCCCGAUGGAGCUGCGCUGCCAUCGGUCUUUGUCUAUUUUAACGGUCUGUUGAAGCUUUCGUAAACUGUACAAAUGUUUCGU